AUGGAAGGCCUCCAUUCUCCAGUUCCGCCUCAGCAAGUGCAGGUGGAGUUGCCCAACGGUUCUCCGGAUUCAAUCUCUGGCAGCAGCAACUAUUAUCGCGUGGCAAGCACAACCACCCUCGAAGAGCUCCGACAGCAGCAGCGGGAGCAGGCCAUGGAGCGCACGGAGCACGUGGAGCACAUGGAGCCCGCGGAGCAAGCGGCGCCUCGAGCUGAGAACCCCAGCCCCGAUCAUGAUGGCAUCGUGCCGGAUCCAGAAUCUCCGCCGCCAGACGUAGGAAAGGCGUGGACUGAUGAUGUGCUCGAGUCUGCAAAAGCUGUCGGGCACAACCCAUCGAUGCAAUCGAUGAAGUCCGCCAUCCAGAAGGGCGUUCUUGCAAAGAUGGCUUCCAAGGUUUUCCCGAACGACCGCAUCCACGAAGACCCGUGCCAGCAUCAGCACACCUGUUGCCAGACAGUCACCACCGUGCUCAGCACUGUCUUGCUGCUCCCGCUUGGCGUGGUUCUGCACGACGCACCUUCCCCGUGGUUGCAAAAGGCCGUACGCUACAGCGCAGUGCUCAUGGGCACUAUGGCAUGGGGUGCAUGCGUGUUUACCGCAUCCACUGCCACCGAAACUGGAUGGCAGAAGGGCAGCUGUUGGUUUCGGGUUUUGGAGGCCACAGCUUUCAUGGCCCUCUUGCUUGGAAAAAGCAGCAGCAAGAGCUUUCAACAGUUGAACGCCCAUGUGAUGAAGGCCAUGAAAUCACAAAGCUUUGGUUCAGCUGCACACGCGAGCAUCAAGUGCGACGUGGCUGUGAUCCUGGCAUGCUGCGCCAGCUGGCUGACUUGCCACUUUGCGAAGGUUCGACUUGUGUCAAUGUCUGGUGGCCAGAUGACUUGGCAAGUCUACGUACUGCCGUGCCAACAAGCCCUGUACCGUGCCUCAUGGGCUCUAUGGCUCCUGCGCUUGAAUCAUCUGCUGAAGGCUUUGGUGGAUACAUUCUGCCGGAGCUGCGCGCAGUUCCUUACCGCGGUGGACGCAACAUACACCCAAUGGUUCGGCGUUACGGCCUUCGCCGGGCAGAUCGCCGAGGAGGGGGAUGUGGUGUACUUGGUGAUGUGCGGCACGGCAUUGUCCAGCGCGGUAGCGCCCAUGCUGGAGAUCUUUCUACCCGCUGAGGAGUUCCCCGCUGACUGUACAGACUGGCUGCUUCCGCAACUGAUCGCCAGCGCUACAAACUUCUUCCUUGCGGCCCACGUGAUCAGGAGUGCUUCGUCAGCAACAGCAAAGUGCGAAGCAGCAGCUUCCUUCGUCAACUCUUUGCAAGUGUGCCUGCCCAGUCACAUGCGCCCGGAGCAUCGCCUGUUCGUCAGCUACAUGGAGGCCAGCGAUGCCGGCAUCUUCGUUCGGGGAGGCAAAGUCACUACUUCCUUACUUUUCCGCUUGCAGUCCCUUGCCUUCAGUGCGGUGUUCUUCUCAGCACUGCGCUACCAGGCCCUGCCCGAGGCGCAGAGGGUGCACAUUGAAAACCAGCUUAACCGAUUCAUACAUGCCGUGGCUUUCUGGGCGGAUGGCCCUUCAGCUUGA